AGAUACAAUAGCAGGGGACAACUGAUGUGUAUAGUGUGUGGUACAAUUGUAAAAAGUGCUAUAAUUUGGCAAGCACAUGUAAUCAAGCGAUCACACUUGGAAAACUUGGCAUCUCUUCAGAAAAAACAAAAACAGAUCAACUCUCAAGCAGCCAAAAGUAACCAUGCAGAUGUUAAUGUUGAUAAGAAACGACCUGCGUCGCCUCCGACUUCAGAUGCGAAGAAGGGGGCUUUUAGUUCUACAAAUGGAAAGCCAAAAGGAAUACUGAAAAAGGUUACGGAUUACUCUUCAUCUGAAGGAAGUAGUGACGAAGAAACUAAACCUGUUCCUGAUGUAGCCAUUAAAUCAGAACCUGGGGUAGAGCAACCAGUAACUAAUGGUAUUUUAAAGUUAAAGUUGGCAGUACUUUAUCAGAGAAAAGGUGUCAAGAGAAGGUUCCCCAGGGCAGUGUUCUCAGUGUAA